UGAAAUUGUCCUUUUUCAAAAUAUAUAGUAAACAAUUGUCCUUUAGCAGUUAGGACCACAGAACAGUAACGGAAACAGGAAUGAAGAAGGAACGAGAGUGAACAGUGUUGAGUUUUGGCCGCGUUCGGUUGGGGGGAAUGAGUUAGUAAAAAAGUGGAAAAAGAAAAAGACACAGAAUGCAGUGUACUAACAAAGGCACCACACCAUUGCUCGAGAAAACUUUGAAGUGUUGCUUUCAUGAGUGCUAAAAGACACGGCAAACAGAGGAAGCAAAAAGGCCACACCCCCCACUCUCUUAACCACGUAUGCAUGCAACCCUCUCACUCUCACUUCCAAAUCCAGGAGCAUCUCAAUCUCACUCACCUCAUCUUCUUCAUCCACCACCAUAUAUAGUUCACUCCUUUUGCUCAAAAAUAGAUCAUAUGGAAUCUCAUACCCCAAACACCAACGACACUAUUGAGAUUGAGGCCUACAAACAACAACAACUUGAGGAAGAAGAUGAUGAUGAAGAAGAAAACAAUGAGAUCCUCAAGAGAAGAAUCUCCAACCAUCCUCUCUAUGGAUUGCUGGUUGAAGCUCACUUGGACUGUUUGAAGGUUGGUGACAUUUCCAACUUGGAAAGAGAGUUGAAGAUAGAUGAGAUGCAAGCAAGGGAGAAGCAAAACAUGGGCAUGUUCAGCCAGUCUGAGCUUGAUCUCUUCAUGGAAGCAUAUUGCUUGGCACUUGGGAAGCUGAAAGAAGCAAUGGUGGAACCACAGCAGAAGUCCAUGGCGUUCAUAAACAACAUGCAUUCACAGCUUAGGGAGCUCACAAAGGCAACAUUGCCUGCACCACCUGAACCUGCAGCAUCUUCUAAUCCAUCGUGCCAAAUGACUGUGAAGAUGAUUGCAAUCCAAAGUAAGUUUGUAGACUAUGACCUCCACCAGCAGUCUGAACUCGACCUGGGUGCUUAGGCUUCCCU